AUGUCGAGCUGCUUCGAUCUCCCCGAAGAUAUUGUAGUCAAGAUUCUGUGCCGGUUGCCGGUCAAAUCUUUGAUCCGGUUCACUUGUGUCUCGAAGCGGUGGUGUUCUAUCACUUCUAUGAUCAUUUCUGAUCCUAAAUUUGGAAAAUCUCACUUCCAACUUGCUUCUCAGCAGAGAGCUCUCCGUAGAAAAGUCCUCCUCACCUCCUACCCUACAGUCAGAGAGCCAGGUCCGAGGCCCAAUGCUUGUUACGAUCCCAAUUCGAAGUUACCCCCUCGAUUUCAAUCUUUAGAGGAUAAGUAUUUAGUCAAGAAUUUCACAUUCCCAUCCAAGAAGAAUGCUUAUACGGAAGAAAUGGGCUCCUGCAAUGGUUUGGUACUUGUAGGCAAUCCUUGUUUCGGUGGCUACGAAAACUUGUCUAUCUGGAACCUAUCCACUGGAUUCUUCCGCAAGAUACCCAGUCCAAGUGUCCGCGAGAAGCUAAUAAAAUCAGCAACAGAUCAAGCGUACCGGUACUUCAUAAAUUUUGGUUUUGGUCAUGAGUUGGCCAGUGACGACUACAAACUUGUUUUCAUAUUAUGCGCCCUCGGUCAGCUGGUGGAAGUCCAUAUCUUCUCUAUGAGAGCUAACAUUUGGAAAGCUAUUACAGCUCCUCACUUGUCAAGAGCGGACUGGGACAGUGGACAGGGCACUUUUUCAAAUGGAGCAAUUCACAGGGUCGUUCACUGCAGAAGUGAGAGUUCUGACCCAGUUAUCUAUGCUUUUGACUUGGCAGAGGAGGAGUUUCGGCAAGUGCCAUUGCCGCCUGUUUUGUGGCAAAAUGAAGAAGACAGGAAUCCGACCGAGAUAACAACUCUGGUUCAUUUAGGUGGAUACCUCUGCAUAUGGUCUCGGAAGCGUUAUAAUCCCGACAAAGGUGAAGUUUGGGCGAUGACAGAGUAUGGGGUGCCUGAAUCUUGGGUUAAACUCUUUAAUUUUAGAGUACCAGAUUUACCAGAUGUCUUUGCUUCAUUAUACAGUACAUGGGAUCUGUGUUUCAUUACAGAAAGCGGUACAAUGGUGAUAAGCCUGAGUAAGGAGUUGUUUUGGAUUGAAUGCCAUAAUGAUGAAAAGCCGAUCUGCAGCGGACGGUAUAGGCUUGAGGAGGUUCACCCUGAGGUGCCGGGGUGUGUAUUUCAUUUUCAUGCGACCGCUUAUGAUGAAACUUUACUUUCUGUAGCUGAAUGA